UCCGGGCCAGCGCGGCGGCGGCGGCGGUGGUGGCAGCAGGAGGAAGUCGGCUGCGGGUCGCGACGGCGGCGGGGCGCCCCCUCCCCCGUGCCGGGGCGCGGCGGAGGGAUGUGGGGCUUUGCGGGAGGAAGGCUUCUCGGCAUCUUCUCGGCCCCGGUGCUGGUGGCGGUGGUGUGCUGCGCCCAGAGCGUGAACGACCCCGGCAACAUGUCCUUUGUGAAGGAGACGGUGGACAAGCUGUUGAAAGGCUACGACAUUCGCCUGAGACCCGACUUCGGGGGUCCCCCGGUCUGCGUGGGGAUGAACAUCGACAUCGCCAGCAUAGACAUGGUUUCCGAAGUCAACAUGGAUUACACCUUAACCAUGUAUUUUCAACAAUAUUGGAGAGAUAAAAGGCUCGCCUAUUCUGGGAUCCCUCUCAACCUCACACUUGACAAUCGAGUGGCUGACCAGCUAUGGGUGCCUGACACAUAUUUCUUAAAUGACAAAAAGUCAUUUGUGCAUGGAGUGACGGUGAAAAACCGCAUGAUCCGCCUUCACCCCGAUGGGACCGUGCUGUAUGGGCUCAGAAUCACCACGACCGCAGCGUGCAUGAUGGACCUCAGAAGGUACCCCUUGGAUGAGCAGAACUGCACCCUGGAAAUCGAAAGCUAUGGCUACACCACAGACGACAUUGAAUUUUACUGGCGUGGCGGUGAUAAGGCUGUCACUGGGGUGGAGAGGAUCGAGCUCCCACAGUUCUCCAUCGUGGAGCACCGGCUCGUUUCGAGGAAUGUGGUCUUUGCCACAGGUGCCUACCCUCGGCUGUCGCUGAGCUUCCGGUUGAAGAGGAAUAUUGGGUACUUCAUUCUCCAGACGUACAUGCCCUCUAUCCUAAUCACGAUUCUCUCAUGGGUGUCCUUCUGGAUCAAUUACGAUGCAUCUGCGGCUAGAGUUGCCCUCGGAAUCACGACCGUGCUGACGAUGACGACCAUCAACACGCACCUUCGGGAGACGCUGCCCAAAAUCCCCUACGUCAAAGCCAUCGACAUGUACCUCAUGGGCUGCUUUGUCUUUGUGUUUCUGGCCCUUCUGGAGUACGCCUUUGUCAACUACAUUUUUUUUGGAAGAGGCCCUCAAAGGCAGAAGAAGCUUGCGGAAAAGACAGCCAAGGCGAAGAACGACCGUUCAAAGAGUGAAAGCAACCGGGUGGAUGCUCAUGGAAAUAUUCUACUGACGUCACUGGAGGUUCACAAUGAAAUGAAUGAGGUCGCAGGCAGUGUCGGGGACACCAGGAAUUCAGCAAUCUCCUUUGACAGCUCAGGAAUCCAGUACAGGAAACAGAGCGCGCCUCGGGAAGGGCUCGGGCGGCUCGCGGGGGACAGAAGCAUCCCGCACAAGAAGACCCACCUACGGAGGAGGUCUUCGCAGCUCAAAAUCAAGAUCCCUGACCUGACCGACGUGAAUGCCAUAGACAGAUGGUCCAGGAUCGUGUUCCCAUUCACUUUUUCUCUUUUCAACUUAGUUUACUGGCUGUACUAUGUUAACUGAGUGACUGUACUUGAUUUUUUCAAAGACUUCAUUUAACACUGAGUGAAAUAUUACUCUGCCUGUCAAGUUUUUAUACCUGUACACACACAGGGACACACACACACACAGACACACACAUAUAUACAUACGCAAUUGUAUAUAUAUGUGAACUUUCUCAACAUAUAUAUAAAAUACACGUGUAUAUGAGGAUGUAUGUGUAUAUGUUUAUACACACAGGUGUAAGGGCCCAUGUGUAUGUAAAACAAAUACACAUACAUAUAUACAUUUUGCAGCUAUGGACAAUUUAACACAGGAUGCGUAUUAAAGAAAGUCAUAGUUUGUUUUUUUUUAAUUGAAAGAGACAAGCAUCGUCUAAAUAUUAUGCCUUGAGAAUGAGGGCGUGAAACACAAUAUCAUCCCAAAAUGUGUCCUUUAUUGUCAUAAGUUAGAUCAUUUGAAGAUCAGAAAGAAACUCUUAGUUAAUCUUCAAAAACUCAUACAGUGGUAUUGCUAGUUUAAAAUGAGUCACACACUUCACAUCCUCCCUUUGAGUUUACCAAGUGAAGGCUUUUCAGCUUUUUUGGUAACGGGGUUUGCUUUCAUCAGGCCCACUUCUGUACUGGGUUAGCGGUUGAGGGUAGCGGCUGCCGUGCGCUCACCCGUGGUCACGGACGUAGACAGAUCCCAUGUUAAUGUCUGAAUGUCCAUCUUUUGAAAACCCAUCAGCAAAGGAUGGUGUCCCAUUGUAAGUACUCUGAUGUGCAGUGUAUUUUUUUGUUGUCGUUCACUUGGAGUGGAUCAGCUUACCUGUCAUGUGGGAAUACAGCGGCACGUUCUGGCAAUGUUUAGCUGACAUUUCAGUCGCUGAAGGUGUGCUCCGCAUUGCGUUUGGAUUUCUAGGCCUGACAUCCAACAGAAAGCAUAGAUGUCUCAGGUUAUUUGUUACUCUAAGGUAAAACCAUCCAGGAUGAUUUCCCCCCUUGUCUUUACAACGUCAAUCAUUCUUACAACAGUAUAUGUUAACAUAAAGUAUAUUUGCAUAAUAUGCAUAUAUAUAUACAUAAUAUAUAUAUACAUAUAUUCAUAUAUUUACCAAGGUUUUGUUUUUUACGCUUGCUAUCACAGCAGCAUGCAAUACCAUAUUUUUCUUCAUGUGAUGUAACUACUUUCUGUUAUCUAGAAUUAAAAUUGAAGCUAAAACACUUCCACCAUUCAAUUUCAGAAACUGAGAAACAUCCUCAUGCCUUUAUUUCUGUAUCUGACAUAUUUCAUAAGCACAUCCAACUACUCCUAGUCUAACUAGGAUGCUACAAGGAACAUGACCAGGACCCACCACGCAUCACCCGUGGCCCACGAGCGCUCUCCGAGGCAAAGGAGAGCAACCUGACAACAAACACUGUCCCUUUGGGUUCUUUCUGAUCCACAGCCUCAUCAGUAUUUGGACUUUUUAAAGCUCGUAGAAACAAGACAAGGUGCACCGGUUUCAUAGACGCAACCUUAACUUACUAUUUAGAUGAGAUCUUUCUAAAGAAAAAAAAAGAGAUGAUAUAUUUUUUGUAAACAAUAUUUCUAUCACAGGCCUCCAUAAACUGAAAUGACUACAGUUGUGUAAACAGAUGUCACAGUGAAGUUAAGCAUUUGGAGAAAAAAAGAAAAAGCAAAAUAUUCAGGAAAGAACUGCUAAAUUAAUUCUUUAUCCCCAAAUACCACAUAUGCCUCACCCUCUGUGUUCUGUCCGAAACUAAUGACCAGAACCUCGUCCGGCAUGCUAAUGGCUGGCACUGGGUUUUCUCCACGUGGAGAGAGGCGCCACCUUUCCCACGGAUGCAUGUGGUGUGGGCUGUCGCCAUGAGCUGACCACUCUGAUUUUUUCUUUGGCAGCCAUACAACCUUUAAUUUGUGGGAAUCCAACAGUUCAAGCCCACUGUCAGGUCACAUGUAAUCCACAAAGUUUCAUGCUAGAAGCAGUGACCAGUGUUUUUACCCUUCCCUUGUCUUCAGUGUCUUCUCCCCACCGCUGCGCUCUGGUUUCAGUUUUCUCUAGAGACUAGCCAGUGAUUUCUUGAUCUUUGGCUUUUCUCUGACCAUGUUCUUUAUGGGUAACAACGGGGGAUCCUAAAAGUUAAACAGAUUGGGAAAAACCUUGUAAGUGGCCUUAUCAUUGUUAACAUGUUAAAGAUAAAAAAGACAUUUGUGAAGACCUUAUCCCUUUCAAUACUUCAGGUAUCUCUGUAUCCAGUGAUUCAAGGAAUGAACUCCAUAUGCAGAAGAGGGACCCCAAAAUGCAAAUGAAUGUGGACAAAAGCAGCCAAUGGUCGAUAUAAGUGUACAAUUUAUACUACUCUGAACUGUGGCAUUAAUUUUUCCUGUGAGAAAAAAUUAUUCAAAAUGUUUUUGAUGUGUAGUUGAGAUACCCAUCUAUUAAAGGCAGAGACCCCCCUGGGGCUCAGAAGAGCCACAGUCUACUUCCCAAGGUUUUCUGGAUAUAAAUUUGCAUGGUAUAGUCAUAAUAGCUUUUGAGCUUUUUAUAUGCAUUUGGCACCAAGACUGGGAUCCACAACUUUGUAGACACUGCGAUGAAGUUAACAUAAUAGCUAUACUAUAAAUAGUGUUUGUAACUACACACUCACAUACACACACAAACACACAAAUACAUACAUAUAUUCUGUAAAAAAAAAAAACUUUUAAAGAUCCUUGGGUAUGUGUUUGCUUUACUCCAUUUCAGAAGAAAAUUACUUUUCUUCUAAUAAAAUUAUUUUAUAGCUUCUCCAUUUUUAAAAGUUGUGAGAAAUAUUGAGAAGCAAAACUGUGCAGACAGAGGAGCUGAGCCUGGUUCUAUUCUGUUACAAUGGCCUCUCACUACUCCACGUUAGUCAUUGGAGACAGUGAGCGAGCCGUACUGAUGAAUUGGGAGCCUGGACCUCUGACAUGAACGUGAGGUGGCUGUUACGCACAUCCAGACCUUUUGAGUAAGGAGAGAAAAGUUGGUUUGGGAAUAUAAUGAUAUUCUCUCUCAACAACUGAACAUAAUAAAAAGUUAAUUUUCUAUGUAGUCCUGUCUUUCCAAAAUGCUUUGCAGGGGCUCAAAAUGUACAGCAGAAUGUUGUUAUGACAGUUUGUUAUUACUCAUAUGCAGAUAUGCUUGAGACAAUUCAAGAGCCUGACUAUAUAAAUCCCAUCGAGAAAGACUGAUAAAAUUUGAGUAAUCAUUAAAACAAGGGUUAUUCUUGUUCACCAACCCCAGGACUGGAGAGGGGUUUCACUGUCUAUACCAUGAGCUAUUCAUUUCUCCUGGAUCAUAAAUGAACUAGAAAGUAUGCCAUGAUAAUAUUCCUGUUAGGUUUGAAAAUUACACAUACAUCUGCAAUCUCUUGUUUUCAAUGCCAGCAUCCAGAAUUUUUGAAAUACUCAGUCACUCACAUUAAGGGUACUUCUCUGUUCAGCUGCAAAAUUAAUAUUUUCACCAAGGAGAUCAUCUCAGGUGAUGCCAAGCAUGUCUGUGACUGGUUUCAAGGGGACAGGCACAUUGCAGCUGUAGGUGUUCAUCUUUUAGCAUCUUUUAGAUGAGCCCAUUUGUGCAUGCCCCACAAUGGUGUGAUCUAAAACAGAGAAUGUGUCCAGUUGAAUCUCCUCCCUUGAAAUUAUAAACUAUCUCCUAAUUCAUCCACCUGAAAACGAGUUCCUAUUUCUGACCAUUUUUAUGUAAGAAAAACUGAACAGUUGGUGAAAUGUUUUGUUUUUCAUGGAACUGACUGCCUCUCAUCUUGUGUGAGUACGUGGUCAGAGUAACAUUGAAUUGUGGGGCAAAGAGCUGCCUGGGUGCAUUGAAUUUCCCAGAACACUAGCUAGUGUGCCUUGGAUUGAUUACCUCUUCUACUGCAUUGAAAGGUGCCAUGUUUUCCUGAAAUACUCAAUCCCCAGCACCUGGGUAAACAGCGACCUCCCAGAGAUCGGCUCCUCUACCUUGCCCUAGGGUAAACUCCAGAAACAAGUUUUGUCAUUCUUGUCUCAUAUUUCUACUUCCCAAGUCAGUAAGUGUGUUGAAGGUAAGUACAGGAUUAUUCUAAUAGGAAUAGGCAGUUGCUGUCAUGAUCAAGUCCCAUGUUGAUUUCAUUUCAUUGUAAAGGUAAAUCAACCCAGUUUUGCUUAAGCACAUUGAUGUGAUUUUUUGGUAUUAUUUGACAUGGAAAAAAAAACAAAAUUGAGUGAUAGAUACAAUAUGAAACUUGUUGAAUGAAUUCAAAUUUAUUAAAAAAAGACUAACUGACUUAAAUGUGAAGGCUGAUUUCUUUUUUCUUCCUAGGCAAUUUAUUAUGGAGACAGUGUGAUUAUUUUCAAGAUGUGUUUAGUUGCACAUGCCCAUUUAGGUUUUGCUCAA